CGCUCUUUACGAGUUCUUCCACACAAUAAUGCGCUUCGCCAUCGUCGCCACGCUCUUCGCCCUUGUCGGCCUCUCCUCUGCGACCAUGCUUAAGAGCCGCCAGCUGCAGGCGUGCCCGCCGGGCAGAAAAACCUACUGCUCCAUGGACGACUGCGGGGCCGCCUGCGAGGGGUGCACCAUGGUCGGCAAGGACUAUGGUGGCAGCACUUGCGGUAGCGACGUCGAUGCGUGGGUGUGCAGCGAGGACUGCUGAGGGUUCGGAGGAAGGAGGUGAAGGGAUUGUGUAGGAGGUGAAGGGAUGAUGUAGGAGGUGAAGGAAUGAUGUAGGAGGGUUAGGGAUGAAGGGAGGUCGCCAUAAGGGAGGUGGGGGAGGGGAUCGAAGGUCGCUAUUGCAGUAAUCGGUCACGGUGGAGGCACCAUUAUAUACCUCGUCGGCAUUUCCUUGAUGACGUGCCCAUAUCCCAUCGAUGUCUGAGCCCUGUCAGGGCUUCCCUUGCGUUGAAACAUAAAUUCCUU